UCUAUGCCACUCAUGGUUUGUUGAUGUUAGAUGGUUUGUUAUUGUCAUAUGCUAAUUUUGAAUAUGGAGAAAUAUUUUCAAAUCACAAAUGUAAAAUAGAAUUGACCUCGUUUAUUUCUGAAAUGGCUUUGUAUGAUAAUAAAUAUUGGCUCUUAUCUCAUAUUAGAAAUUCAUUCAUAUCUACGGAUGACACAGGUAUGUGUGAAUUAGUUAUGGUAGGAGAAAAUAAGGAUGUGAAACAACAUCUGAAAUGUGCAGAACCCUACCCAGAGCCAGACGAAAGUGAAGACGAGGAAGAUGAUUUUGAAUCCUAUGAAAUGCAAAUGGAAAUGGACUUCAAUAUCCGGGAUAGGUCCAAUACUGUUUCACACAUAGAGAAAAUAGAACUUGCGAGGAAAAAGGCAUCGAAAAUCAGACACAUUAAAUGGGAAAAAAGUGAAAAUGUUAAUAACGAUGAUAUGUUUGUGAAAAAAGACAUUUCACAAUCGACUGAAUCAAAAAAACAAGGUUCAAUGUUGACAACUUUAUUGAAUAGUCAUUCUGAAGUCCCAAAAAAUCCCUACAUGGAAUUUGCUAAGUUUGAUGGAAGUGGACAAGUUAAUAUUCCAACAAAGAAGUAUAAGAUCUUUUUGACAAUGUUGCCUCCUCAACAGCGAAACUACCCCAUACAUAUUUGCUGUAUUGCCUCUGCCAAAGUUCUGGAACUCAUUGGACUCACCUUGCUGAAAUACAGUCAUAAUCAUGGAAUUUCAAAUCUUAAGGCUGCUGCGCGUUAUGGAUUAUACAUUACAGAGGAAGAUGGUGAAGUAGAUAGAGAUUUUCCUUGUCUGGACCCUAAGGAGCCAAUUUCAAAAUUUGGCUUUACAUGCUUAGGACUUGUUGAACACAGUGAUAUUACCAAAUCCGUAAGUUUUCCAGAAGAAAGCCAGAACUCUUCCAAUGAAAAUCUUGGAAGAACUCGACUAAUCUCGGAAAAGGCUAAGGUCGAAGAGACUAAGCAGAUGGAAAAUGAUAUGCAAGCAGUUGAAGAACACAACAAACUGAUGGAAGCACCUUUAUAUCGUUCGUUUGAAGCAGUUAUGAUUAAUAAAGUGAAACCCAGAGUUGAGGUUAAUAUUGGAGUAAGUGGUGAAAGAAUAGAAAUUGAUCCAGUCCCACAGAAAGGUGCAAAAUUGUUACCCUUCAAGCUUAAAGCAAUCAGCCAUUCGAUAGACAGCAUUGCCAGUUGUGAAGUUACUGAUAUUAAAGCUGAUAAGUCAUAUUUCAGAAUUGUGUACAGUACCACUAACAGCGGAUAUCCUACAGGACAACGCGAAAGUUCAAGUAGCGCUUCGAGUAACUCUCCUUCAAUACAAAAUUCAUCUAACUUCAAACAUUAUGAUUUUGAGAGUGAUCACAGUACCACAAAGCAUAUAGUCAAGAAGCUCAAACUUAUUUUAGACCUGAAAUCCAGCUUCUUGAGGAACGAGUAUCUUUCAUCCAAAGAGAAGAAAUCAAAUAGAAGGAAAAAUUUCAACAUUAUGAAGUGAUUUAUAUGUACCUGUAUAUGUAUUUAUUUUUUGUUAAUUUUCCUCAUUUUCAAAUAUACCAGUAUUAUUAAAUUUA